AUGGAGUCCCCCAAUGGCAGCGCAGGCGGAUGGCCGGACAUGUGCUUCGGGGUGUUCAAUGACAGUGACAGCCGGGGCAGUGCCCACAACAGCAUCACCUCGCCUUGGUUCUCCACUGCCUUUGGCCUCAUCGGCCUCUGCUCCAACCUCCUUGCCCUCUGUGUGCUGCUCAGCUCAUCCCGCAAGCUGUCCAGCCAGGCUCGCUCCUCCUUCCUCGUCUUCCUCUGUGGGCUGGUGGUCACAGACUUCAUCGGGCUGCUGGUGACAGCCUCGGUCAUCAUCCCCUACCACUUCAUCAAGUUUGCCUGGGCCAAGAUGGAUCCUGACUGCCAUCUCUGCAACUUCCUUGGUUUUUCCAUGGUUUUCUUUGGGCAGUGCCCAUUGCUGCUGGGAGCCACUAUGGCUGGUGAAAGGUUCUUUGGCAUCAACCACCCCUUCUCCCGCUCCGCCAGCAUUUCCAAGCGCCGCGCUUGGUCCAUUGUGGGGCUGGUGUGGGGCUUCUCCUGCCUCCUGGGGCUGCUGCCAGUGCUGGGGCUGGGCAGGUACACACUGCAGUACCCUGGCUCCUGGUGCUUCCUUACCCUCCUGCCUGACACUGGUGAUGUCAUCUUCUGCCUGCUCUUCGCCCUGCUGGGCAUCUUCUCUGUGCUGCUCUCCUUCAUCUUCAACACUGUCAGCGUGGUGACUCUCUGCCGUGUCUAUCAUGACCGGGAGUCCGUGCAGCGUCGCCGGGACAGCGAGGUGGAGAUGAUGGUGCAGCUCGUGGGCAUCAUGAUCAUCGCCACCAUCUGCUGGAUGCCUCUUCUGAUCUUCAUUGUCCAGAUGGUCUUGCAGCAGCUGCCAGCCAGUGGCCAGCUCCAGGUCCUGCCCAUGGAGACACAGAAGAUGCUGCUCAUCUAUAUCCGCAUGGUCACCUGGAACCAGAUCCUGGACCCCUGGGUCUACAUCCUCUUCCGCCGGGCUGUGCUGCAGCGCGUCUACCCUAGCCUGCGCCCCCGGCCCUCCAUUCUUUCUCUCUACCCUGCCUUCAAACCCUCCCUGCGCCACAAGCUCACCACCGACUCUGGCCUGCAGUAGCAGCCCCCAGGGACAGACCACACCUCAUCCCACUUCCUCAGGUUAAUUAAUUGUCCCCUUCACCUGCAUCCAUAGGGUCCCCCUACCCACCCUGAGCAGCCAAAG